AUGUCUCCCUCGAAAAGGAAUGAGGAAAAGAACUACGUCUUUUGCUAUUACGUGUCUGGACAUGGCUUUGGUCAUGCAACGCGCGUAGUUCAAAUCGCUUCCGAAAUCCUCUCCCUCUCACGUUCGCAUACUACCUACAUAAUUUCCAAUGCUCCUCGCUUCAUCUUUCAGGCUGUCAUAGAUCUCGGGGCACAAUACCGUCAUGCGCUAAUAGAUGCAGGUGUACAGCAGCCGUUACCAUAUACGGUUGAUCGAGAAAGAACGAUAACCGACUUGACUGAAUUCUUAGAAAAACGGGAAGAGAUGCUGGAUAUCGAGGUUAACUGGUUGAAGGAAGUUAAAGCAGACAUUGUUUUGAGUGAUGCUCCUUUUCUACCGUGCGCUGCUGCCGCCGCCGCCGGCAUUCCCUCAUCCAUAGUUUCCAACUUUACGUUUGAUGCCGUUUACCAUGGAUUAUGCGAGGGCGAUGGACUAGAUAUAACAAUAAGAUCUCUUGUUGAACGAGUCAUAGCUGAUUAUAAAAACUCGGAAUUAUUGAUAAGAUUGCCGGGCUAUAUACCAUUGCCUGCGUUCCCAGGUACACAACUGUAUCCUAAUGAUCGGGUUUUGGUUGAGAAGAGAACAAGCAAUAGAAAGGGAAAAGUAGAGAAGAACGGUGUUAGAACGAGGAAAGUUGGAGCCAACGGGGUCGUCAUACAUGACCACAAAUCUUCCAUAUUUUCCUCCCGUAGAACCACCCGCUCUCGUCAAAAAUCUGCAACUUCUCUUAAUCUACGACGAGUAAUCGAUGUCCCACUUGUAGUUCGAAAGUGCAAGAGACCUCGUGAAGAUGUCUUGCGUGACCUAAAUAUUCCUCGUGAAAUUUUUGAAACGCACAAGAUUCUUCUCGUUCAAUUUGGUGGACAAAAAGUUGCCAAUAACAAAGAGCUGGGCGAGCCGUUGCCCGACGGAUGGAUUGCAAUUGUUUGCGGAGCAUGGGGUGCUGACGGAAGGACUUUACCAGACAGGUUUUACAAGUGUCCGUUAGAUGCAUACUUGCCUGAUCUUACUAACGCAGCCUCGGUUGUAAUGGGGAAACUGGGUUAUGGCACAUGCUCGGAAUGUAUAGGUCAUUCCAAGCCAUUCAUAUACGUCUCUAGACCUCAAUUUAUGGAGGAAAUGGGCCUUAAAAACCUCAUGUUGAGGCAAGGUUCAUGUGUAGAAAUUCCAAAAGAGCACUUUGAAACAGGUCGAUGGCAAUCAUACAUUCUCAAAGCGUCUGCAUUAUCCGGUGGAUGUGAAGACGAGAAGAAAAGAUUGAGUCAUGACGGUGGCAAAGUGACGGCACAGUUGCUUGAGAAGUUCUUGGAUGACCGGAUCAGGUUGAAGGCGUGA